UAGAUUCUACCGGUGCCUUGUGCUACUACGUGGCGUUUUACACACAGAUCGAAGCCCGAGCGCCCGAAGCUUAAUCUGUGCCACUUAGGCCUAUCUUCGGAGGAUUAUUGCUGAUUAGAGUGCCGGAGUGUCAGCCGUCAACACGGGGACCUCCAUCACACAUCUUCCAAGAUGAUGGAAGGCGAAGAUUCGGGCCGGCCGCAGCCGUCCGCGCUCACGUUAUUCUUCAGGAACGCUUCCCAGACUUACCAGCGGUUGCUUGAUGCCUGGACACCCUAUUCCUUCUUCAGGUGGCUGGCCACUAUCCUUCUUCUCCUUGCCUUCAUGGCCAGAAUUGUGUACCUUCAGGGCUGGUACAUUGUAACAUAUGCACUAGGAAUCUAUCACCUGAACUUGUUUAUAGCCUUCCUCACACCCAAGAUUGAUCCUGCCAUGGGGGAUGACUAUGAGGACGGGCCAGAGCUGCCAACGAAGGUCAACGAGGAGUUUAGGCCCUUCAUCCGCAGGCUACCGGAGUUCAAGUUUUGGUACUCCGCCACCAAAGCAACGCUUGUCGGCAUUGGGUGCACCUUCUUUGAGGCCUUCAAUGUGCCGGUUUUCUGGCCCAUCCUGCUGCUUUACUUCAUCACCCUAUUCUGCAUCACCAUGAAGAGGCAGAUCAAGCACAUGCUAAAGUACCGGUAUCUGCCCUGGACCCACGGCAAGACCCGGUACCGGGCCAAAGACAUGACGGACGGCGCCGUUUCCCGGGGAACGCUUUCCAAUAGUGUAGAGGAAUUGUGAGCUGAAGAGGAGAGAACCAGUCCUUGCGAACAAAGGCAAGGCCCCGCCCCCUCCUUCAGUCGGUGCAGUGGUGUGUGCGCAUGCCCGGACUGCAUUGCAUUGCGUCCAUCACCCAGAGACACUGUGGCCCCGGGGGUAGUUGACUCCAGCGGCGAGUGGACAGACACCUUUCUCAAUAAAAACCCAGCCUGUGGCACAAUGUUGAAA